AUGGAGAGUCUGAGCGAAGGUGAUAAGGCUGUCUUGAAGACGAUCUUCGAUCCGUUUCAAUCGCUCGGUCCGUCUGAUUUUUUAGACUUCUCGGUUUUCCAGAAAAUUGAAGAGACGGAUGUCUUCGAGGAGGAUCGCUUAGAACCGGAUGUUCUGGACAUCAUAAAGAAGGCGAUAAUCUGCGCGGAAGCGAAGAACUUCGACGAAUGCUUUCGACUUUUCGACCAAGCAUUGAAGAAGGCACCUAAAUCGCCGUCAAUCUUAAACGACAGAGCGCAAGCUUUACGUUUGGCGAAUCGACACGAAGAGGCGUUAAAGGAUCUGCAUCUAGCGGUUGAACUGAGCGAAGGCAAAGGAAGGGCAAGCAUCCAAGCACUCUGUCAACGUGGUGCACUUUAUCGUUGGAUGGAGCAAGAUGACAAGGCCAGGGAAGAUUUCACCCGUGCGGCUAAGGCUGGUUCGAGCUUCGCUAAAUCGCAGCUGGUCGCUCUGAAUCCUUACGCGGCUAUGUGCAACGCGAUGCUACAGAAGAUGACAUUCAAAACCAAUCAAUUUUAAUCUAAUAUGGGAUUGUAGGUCAAGAUAAUGACCAUUUAAUAUAUAACGCUUUAUUUUAUUUUAUUUUAUUUCCAUAUAGAUAAAUUCACGAGCGGAUCCACAAGACCUACAGAUCCUGAUAAUCGUAUAAUAAUAAUCGUAAAAGUAAUAAUAUAAUAAUAAUAGUAAUAAUAACAAUAAUUAUUGGAAAUUUCGCAUAAAAAUAUAAAUUAUCUGUAUUAAACUCGGAAUAUACAUUCAUCUGUAAAAUCGGAUCUAAUUUCUGCUAAAAAAGAACUCGCGCUAAAUCGCCGAACAACGAAGAAAACGUCAAGUUCUGUACCCGUAAAGAUUCCCUCUCUUCCAGCUAAAUUAGUUUCUCCCUAGAACUAAUUUAAAGAUUAUAUCUAACGGAGAGAACUCGGUGCAUAUUAACUACAUUGUCGGUAGACAUUGAUCGCAUUGAGAUAGAUUGAAGACUUCGAACAGUACCAUAAUUUAUUCAACGGAAAUUGAUAACGAAAUUACACCUAAUACGAUUUCUUCAUUGUACACACAAAUGUUUAUAUAGAUAUUUAUAUAUGUAUAGAAUAAAAUAUGCCUUAUA